AUGGAUAGAUGGGUGGAUGGAUGGAUGGAUGGAUGGAGAGGUGGGGGGCGCGCUGGGAAUUUUCCGGGGGGCGAGUUGCUUUUCCCACCCACUCCUCCCGCCCUCCCCGAUCGGGAAGGCUCGGUUGGCGACGCCACGGUAGAGGCUUCGGUUCUCCCGGGUGGGGGCAGCCGCCGACCAGAGGGAGGUAGGUGCGAGCGGCUCUGGGGUUCUCCACUUAGGGGGCGCGAUCGCCAGGCUGCGCGCAAGGCGUGGUGCUGUCGCCCCCUUUCCCGGGAGGAGCCCAGCGUCCCUUUCACCCGCGCUCUCCCCCCUUACUCCCUCAGCCUCCCACCCGGGAUGGAGCCAUGUGCGGCGUGGAGUCCCCGCGGUGGGAGAGAGAAUGUGAUGGACAUCGGUCUGACCAACGAGAAGCCCAACCCGGAACUCUCUUAUUCGGGCUCCUUCCAGCCAGCCCCCGGCAACAAGACCGUGACCUACUUGGGAAAGUUCGCCUUCGACUCCCCUUCCAACUGGUGUCAGGACAACAUCAUUAGCCUCAUGAGCGCCGGCAUCUUGGGGGUGCCCCCUGCCUCAGGGGCACUCAGCACUCAGACCUCCACGGCCAGCAUGGUGCAGCCGCCGCAGGGCGACGUGGAGGCCAUGUACCCGGCGCUGCCCCCCUAUUCUAACUGCAGUGAUCUCUACUCGGAGCCUGUGUCUUUCCACGACCCCCAAGGCAACCCCGGGCUCGCCUAUUCCCCCCAGGAUUACCAAUCGGCCAAGCCGGCCUUGGACAGCAAUCUCUUCCCCAUGAUUCCUGACUACAACCUAUACCACCACCCCAACGACAUGGGCUCCAUUCCGGAGCACAAGCCCUUCCAGGGCAUGGACCCCAUCCGGGUCAACCCGCCCCCCAUUACACCCCUGGAGACCAUCAAGGCGUUCAAAGACAAGCAGAUCCACCCGGGCUUUGGCAGCCUGCCCCAGCCGCCGCUCACGCUCAAGCCCAUCCGGCCCCGCAAGUAUCCCAACCGACCCAGCAAGACCCCGCUCCACGAGCGGCCCCACGCGUGCCCAGCGGAGGGCUGCGACCGCCGUUUCAGUCGCUCGGACGAGCUGACCCGGCACCUGCGCAUCCACACGGGCCACAAGCCCUUCCAGUGCCGGAUCUGCAUGCGGAGCUUCAGUCGCAGCGACCACCUUACCACUCACAUCCGCACGCAUACGGGCGAGAAGCCCUUUGCCUGCGAGUUCUGCGGGCGCAAGUUUGCGCGCAGCGACGAGCGCAAGCGCCACGCCAAGAUCCACCUCAAGCAAAAGGAGAAGAAGGCGGAGAAGGGGGGUGCGCCCUCUGCGUCCUCGGCGCCCCCAGUGUCCCUGGCCCCUGUGGUCACCACCUGCGCCUGAGGCUCGGGCCCCCAGAUCCCCACUUUUCCCCUGCAGUGUCUCCCAGCUGCUCGCCUGAAAGCAGCGGGGAAAGCUAGCCACGGAGGCGCAGGGGCCGCGCCCUGGCCUCUCCAUGGACGUAAGGUCCCUUGUUCCCCUUCGAUGUCCCCCGUUUCCACCCUUUCACACCGGCCAACGGUCGGGGGCCAGGGCAGGAGGCGCCCUCCCUUCGCUGCCCCCCCUUAACCAAGGCGUGGGGGCGGAAAGGUGGCGUCUAGCCCGCUUUGUUCAGUGCGGAUCGUCUUGAUCCAGGGGCCGCUGGGCCGCGCCAAGGACCUGCGGGGGACUGAAGGCGGGGCCCGCCCAAGCCUCGCCCGACCCAAGCACCUCACGGUUCCCCCCACGUCUCCCUCGGUUCCCCCUCGAAGACCCGAGAGGGGGAGGGGGUAAGGAGCGCACCAAAGCGCAGAGCUUGCUGCCCGCCGCACGCACGCGCGCCUGCGUGCGGGGAUGCGCCGCGCGAGUGUGCGUGCUCGCGUGAGUGUUAUGUGUGUGGGAG